AUGAGAUCAUCAUCGUCGUUUGGAAGGACGAGCUCCAAGCUAUCAAAUUACAGCCGCACAUUUGACUUACCAGAUGAUGAUCUCGAUGGUUCAGAAACUACCAGCGACUGCGAGAUAGGCGGUGCAAUGUUGCCAGCUUUUUUGAAUGACUUGAGAAGAAACAACCAAGAUGAGUUAGUUGAGGUCACGCUCGAGCUAGAAAACGACUCCAUUGUUGUUUGCAGUGUUAAUCCAAACCGUACCGGUAUGUCAACUCCGAGUACGCCCGGCGGUGGUUCUGCGGCUCGGAUUUUGGAGAGGAGUUUAUCGGCAACGUCGAGGAUUAGACGGAAGUUCGGGUGGUUAAGAUCAAGAUCUUCGAGAACGACAUCUUCGGAGAUUGAAGAUAGAGCAAUUUCGGCGAGAGAUGCAAGGAGAUUGAAAGCCAAACUUGACAGGUCAAAAUUGAGCGCUCAAAGAGGACUUCAAGGAUUGAGGUUUAUAAGCAAGACUACUGGUACGUCUGAGUCGAAUGAGCUGUGGAAACGAGUUGAGUCCAGGUUCAAGUUGCUCGCUAAAGACGGUUUGCUUGCAAGAGAAGAUUUCGGUGAAUGUAUAGGGAUGGUGAAUUCGAAGGAGUUUGCAGUGUGUAUAUUUGAUGCAUUAGCGAGGAGGAAGAGGCAGAGAAUAAUGAAAAUAAGCGAAGAGGAGCUUCAUGAUUUUUGGUUACAGAUUUCUGACCAGAGUUUUGACGCGCGCCUUCAAAUUUUCUUUGACAUGGCAGAUAGCAAUGAAGACGGAAGAAUCACAAGAGAAGAAGUGCAGGAGCUUAUAAUGCUCAGUGCUUCUGCAAAUAAGCUGUCAAAGUUGAAGGAACAAGCAGAAGAAUAUGCUUCAUUGAUAAUGGAAGAACUCGACCCUGAAAAUCUCGGAUACAUUGAGUUAUGGCAGUUAGAAACACUUCUUCUGCAAAGGGACACGUACAUGAACUGCAGCAGACCAUUGAGUACAGCAAGUGUAAGCUGGAGUCAGAACAUAAGUUCAAUCAGACCCCAGAAUGCGAUGCGUAGGCUAAGCUUCAAACUGAGGUGUCUAAUUCUGGAGAAAUGGCAAAGGGGUUGGAUUUUAACGCUGUGGGUGAUGAUAAUGGUUGGCCUAUUCGUCUGGAAAUUUCAUGACUAUAAGAAUAUGGCUGCAUUUCAUGUCAUGGGCUAUUGCUUGCCCACUGCCAAAGGUGCUGCUGAGACACUUAAGUUCAACAUGGCUCUAAUUCUUUUACCGGUUUGUCGAAACACACUGACUUGGCUUCGGUCCACUCGAGCAAGGUCAUUCGUUCCUUUUGAUGACAACAUUAAUUUCCACAAGAUGGUUGCAGGUGCUGUAGCAAUUGGAGUCAUUCUUCAUGCAGGAAACCAUCUAUUUUGUGACUUUCCCCGUCUGACACAUUCGUCUUCUGACAAAUUUGCUUUGAUUGCAUCUGAUUUCAAGAACAAAAAGCCUACAUAUAAAGAACUUCUGUUAGGUAUUGAAGGUGUAACCGGGAUUUCUAUGGUGGUGUUAUUGGUCAUUGCAUUCACUCUAGCAACAGGCCGUUUCCGGAGAAACGGGGUGAGACUACCUGCACCCUUCAACAAAUUGACAGGCUUCAAUGCGUUCUGGUACUCUCAUCAUCUCACUGGUGUGGUCUAUAUUUUGCUGCUUGUCCAUGGAACCUUCCUGUUCUUAGUCCACGAGUGGUAUAAAAAAACAACAUGGAUGUAUAUCGCUGCUCCCUUGUUGCUCUAUAUGGUUGAGCGAAAUGUGAGAACACGAAGAUCAGAACAUUAUUCCGUAAAAAUAUUAAAGGUGUCAGUUCUACCGGGAAACGUCUUCAGCUUAAUCUUGUCCAAGCCGCAAGGAUUCAAGUACAAAAGCGGGCAGUACAUAUUUCUACAAUGCCCAGCAAUAUCCUCCUUCGAAUGGCACCCAUUCUCUAUAACCUCAGCACCAGGAGAUGACUACCUCAGUGUUCACAUUCGGAUAGUCGGAGACUGGACUGAGGAAUUGCAUCGAGUUUUCACUGAGGCAAAUGAUUCACCAUCUGUUAUUGGUCUUGCCACAUUUGGUCAACAUGGGGAUGUGGAUCAAACAGAACAACCCAAACUAUAUGUUGAUGGUCCAUAUGGGGCUCCAGCACAAGACUACAGAAAUUACGAUGUCUUGCUCCUCGUUGGGCUUGGCAUAGGAGCUACACCUUUCAUAAGCAUCCUUAGAGAUCUUUUGAAUAAUACACGAACAGCAGAGUAUCAAAUGGAUUCAAACACUGAAACCACUCCUUCCGAUGACAGUUCAAAUAGUUAUGCAUCUUCAAGUAUGACACCAGGUAGCAAGAAGAGAACACAGAGGACUACCAAUGCUCAUUUCUACUGGGUUACAAGGGAACCUGGAUCUUUUGAAUGGUUUAAAGGAGUCAUGGAUGAAGUUGCAGAGAUGGAUCGCAAAGGUCAAAUCGAACUGCACAACUACCUUACAAGCGUUUACGAAGAAGGUGAUGCAAGGUCAACUUUGAUCACCAUGGUCCAAGCUCUCAACCAUGCCAAACAUGGUGUUGACAUCGUGUCAGGCACUCGGGUGAGGACGCAUUUUGCAAGACCAAAUUGGAAUGAAGUGUUCAACAAAAUUGCUUCAAAGCAUCCGUUUGGCACGAUAGGGGUGUUCUAUUGCGGGAUGCCAGUGCUGGCAAAGGAGCUAAAGAAGCUUUGUCAAGAGCUGAGUCACAAGACAUCCACAAGGUUUGAGUUUCACAAGGAGUAUUUCUGA